AUGUCGUGGGACUCGAAGUCAGCUCAACGCCGACGCCAAAGCAGCAACGCGGCCUCAACCAAGAACAUACCCAGCCACACACGACAGCAGUCGAAGUCGAUAAUCCAGCCGAAAUCGAGCCAUGUAGCAGACGACUUCUUGCAAGACUUUCUAGACCCUUCAUUUGAUCCUGCGGCAUACCUCAACGCUUCGUUGCCGCCGUUGCAGCCCAGCGGUCACCAGCGAAAUGGCGGCCAGGCUGUCCCGUUGGCCGAUUUAUCGACCGAGGCGCAGACGCUGCUGUCCCAGCUCAACAUCCAUACGACUAGGUUAUCGGGCACUCUGACCCAGCUCACAGACGAUAUCCUACGGAGCGGCAGUCGGCUUGCGUAUGAAGUCGAGCUACUACGGGGCGAGACGCUUAGCCUUGCUGAGACGAUGAACGAGACUUUACAGGAUGACAUCAAGAAGUUCGUGCCUGGAGGACUCAAUGAGGCUGCUAAGGAGACCGGCAGCAAGGCACCGGAAGGCGAGGAAAGGAGGGCAUCAGUCGGCAUGACCGAGGCGAAAGAUGGCACCGAAGCCGUGGCGUCCGCUGCAGAGGAAGAGAAGACCACCAAGCCGCCAUAUAUCGACCAGCUGCGAACGCUCACGGUCGUCCGGUCUCGUCUGGAUUCGGUCAUCAAGACGUUUGGCGAUGCUAUGGAAUUUGUGUUCCCGCCGUCCGAGCUCUCCGUCAGCUCUUCCUUCCUCUCCGUGUCGGCGCCUGAGCCGGGGUCGGACCAGCACAGCACGGAGGACAAGGGUCAGCAGGUGCUCCAGAAGUUGCGAGACGAGAUAUCGCAGCUGCUUCAGAAGUCGGAGGACCCCGUACAGGGCAUCGAAAAGGCAGCGCAGCGCAUCGAAGAGCUCAAGAACUUGAACCAAGUCUGGAAGGGCACUGCGGAGGAGAAGGGAAGGACGAAGUUUAUCGAGAGCUUGGCUAAGAUGGUUGAGGACCGACACCGGGACUUGAUGAGAGAGGUGGACCAAGCGAGUCGGACUCAAGGGAACGGCAACGAGGGGCGGGCGAGAAAGGGCAGUGUUCACGCCGACCCGGCAGAGACCAAGACAUAUCUCGGAGGUUAUGGCUUGAUGAGCCAGCUGCAAAAGCUCAGAAGCGGGUUGUAG